GGUCUCUGGAUAAAACAUUAUGACAAGAAGAAGCUAAUGGCGGUGGCGGGUGUUUAUGUUUAGGGUAGUCCAAGUCCAUGCGUGAGUCUACUCCAUGGUGUAGUCGUGUUUUGAUUCAGUUUUGUCAGACUUGUGCUGUGGUCCGUGAUUUCCGUCAGAAUGCUGGUGGAGCGCUUUGAGGGGCCGGAGAAGCUGCUGGUGCAGGCUCUGCUCUCUGGGAUCCACGGUGUUCACAGGGCUCUGGAGGUCUUCCGCAAACAGCAGCGGGCAAACUCUGGCACCUCUCUGGAUCAUUUUAUUCAGGGUUUCUGUAAAGACGAGGUCACCUGUGCACCUGGGCCUGAAAAGGGACCAUUGUUUACUAAACCACUGGUGUGCCUCUUCCCACGUUUAUUUCAACAAAACCUGCUGGAGUUUGUUUAUCACCUUCAUCAUGUUCUACCUCAGUCCACUCUCAGGCAUCUGCUGGACUGCAUCAAACAAGACUGUCCUCCAAAUUCAUGGGUCUCAUCUUUGGUCACACAAUUGGAAAGACAACUUGGCAUUGACCAGGAGAAACCUCUGUUUAGUGCACAGUGUGGCCAGAGACUCACAAAGCUGAUCCAUCAACUGCCCAGAAGUGAUGAAGCUGGAGGAUGGGCCAGCUGCUUUAAUUUGCCCCUCUCAUCUGCACCUCACUCUGGACCAGCUUUACCUGGAGUUGUGUCACAAAGAAAAAGAAAGAGCAGUGAUAUUUACCAGGACUUGGACAGUGAGGAAACCAGUCAGAAUAAACGCAUGCGAGGCAAUAUUUGUGCUGAUGAAGAUGUGGGGACGCAACAAGAACUAAGCAAGAAAGAGGAUGCUCCUGAUGCUUUGAUAUCAUCCGAGCCCAUAGACCCACCACCUGAUGUCCCCCGUGACGCGCUGCCUGAGAACAUAAAGGUAGCUGUUUUGCAGUUGAAAGACUUAAUAGAAAGCAAUUCAGAGUGGGAUCAGAGUUCUUCUGAUGUGGUUAAAGUCCUCAAUGACUGUGAUCCUGCUCAGCUAGAGGUGGUCUGUAGCACAAUAAAUUUACCAAAGAUACCUGAACACAUUCUUCCAAAACUAUGCAGCAGUGUGUUGGCUCUGUCUCCUGAUCUUAGUUUUAGCACUGCUACUACAUUUAUCAGGAAUCUGCUGUUGGAAAAGAUCCUUUCAUUGUCUGAACCAGCCUCAAGAUGUUUGGUUACAACUGUUACAUCAUUGUGCAGUCGCUACCCCAGACCAAUGUGCCACGCUUUAUUUGAGCAUGUUUUAGAGGACAGAAACAUUGGGAAUUUACAAGCUGACCUGUUAAACAAACUAGUGGAGAGUUGUUUGGAUUCCCACUACAAACUUCAGACUCUUCAAAUGACUUUUAAAGUACAGUGGAAUGAAGCAGUGCUAUCCAUUAUACACUGCUUAUUGGAUUCCAAGUUGGAUAUCAGUGAAGAAUUGUUUACACAAUUUACUGAACAACUCAUGAGCCAGGCUUCUGCAUUUACAAAGUCUGUGAAGUUUGCAAAAAUGUUACUCACUGUUCUCACCAAAUACAAUAGCAGUAUAACUGCUACCCACAAGCAUACACUGUCCAACUGCCUGAUGCUCAACGACACCUUCCUAAAAAAGUCUCUUCAAGCUGCUUUGAAAAGAAUAACACACACAUGACAGUGCAGAUCACAAUUAAUAUCACAACAUUUUUAUUUGUUAUAAAACAUUUCAAAGUGGUGUUCUUUGUCAUUAUUAAAAAUGGAUGUUUUUGAUUGCUUAUAAAUACAUUUUCUGUUAUUCCAAGUGAAAGUGAAGUUAUUUAAUUUAUGCUUGUGGUCUUCAUCGAACUCUGUAAACUCUUUUUUUUUAAAGUUUCCAACCUUCCCUGUCACACACAUUAUUUUUCCUCCAUGCCAAGUUAUAUAAAACCUUUAGCAUUGUUUCUCUUUUUCAUGAAACUGGAUUUUGGACUUUAAAUAAAUUGUAUCCUGGAAUC